GAAAGAUAAGAAAGGAGUUUCGGUUGCGAACCAAACCGAAGCCGAUUAGUAACAGCGACCGUCACUUCAAUGCUCUCUGCCCAUAUAAAAAUGGGCUCUAGCCACUCUCAGCAGCCAUCGUAACUCUAUUCCCCCGUCUCUGUGUAGACUAUAGCAUGUCCGCCAUUCGCAGCUCCAAUUAUAACCCCUAACUGGAAUACAAAAACUUCAACGUCCAUUUCACCGUUUCACAUCAGAACUCGAUAGUCUUCUGGAAGAUGGAUAUUCUCUUCGCCCAGAUCCAAGCGGACCUCCGCUCCAAUGACGCUCUCCGACAGACCGGCGCUCUCCUCCAGGCCCUCCAGCAAUCUGCUGCCGGCCGAGACAUUUCCGUCCUCGCCAAGUCCGCCGUGGAGGAAAUCGUGGUCCCGGCUUCUGCCGUGUCCAAGAAGCUCGCCUUCGACCUCAUCCGCUCCACCCGCCUCACUGCCGACCUAUGGGACACCGUCUGCUCCGGCGUCCGCAACGAUCUUGACUUUCCCGAUCCCGACGUCAUCUCCGCCGCCGUUUCUAUCCUCGCUGCGUUACCCUCCCAUCGCCUCGGCAAGCUCAUCGCCGAUUCAAGCAAGGAGAUCGAGAGCUGCUUCGGCUCUCCGAGCGAUAAUCUCCGCUUCUCCAUCACGGAAACCCUAGGUUGCAUCCUCGCCCGCGACGAUGUCGUCACGCUUUGCGAGAACAGUGUGAACCUCCUCGACAGGGUCUCCAAUUGGUGGACCCGUAUUGGCCAGAACAUGCUCGAUAAAUCGGACAACGUCUCGAAGGUCGCGUUCGAGUCCAUGGGCAGGUUGUUCCAGGAGUUCGAUUCGAAGAGAAUGAGCAGACUGGCGGGUGAUAAGCUAGUCGAUAGUGAGAACUCGCUUGCGAUUCGGUCGAAUUGGGUUUCGUCGAUGGUGGACUUCGUGUGGAAGAGGCGGAACGCGUUGAUGGCGAGGUCCUUGGUCCUACCAGUCGAGAGUUUCAAGGCCACGGUGUUUCCUAUAGUCUAUGCGGUGAAGGCCGUGGCUUCGGGUUCCGUCGAGGUCAUUCGAAAGCUAUCUAAGUCUUCAUCUGGUGGCACCAAUGGGAGGACUGUUGUGGAUUCGAAUGCUGAAAGGUUGGUCGGAGUUUCCGACGUGGUUUCGCAUCUGGCGCCGUUCUUAGCGUCGUCGUUGGACCCAGCUUUGAUUUUCGAAGUGGCGAUUAAUAUGUUGUAUUUGGCCGAUGUGCCUGGAGGGAAGCCGGAAUGGGCUUCGCAGUCGACUAUUGCGAUUCUCACGCUUUGGGAUAGGGAGGAAUUCUCGUCUGCAAGAGAGAGUAUUGUCAGGGCUGUUGUUACGAAUCUACACCUCCUCGAUCUUCAUAUGCAGGUUUCAUUGUUUAAGAGGCUGCUUCUUAUGGUAAGAAACUUAAGGGCAGAAUCAGACCGCAUGCAUGCCUUGGCAUGUGUUUGUAGGACAGCUCUCUGUGUUGAUCUUUUUGCAAAGGAAAGCGUUCGAAGAGGUCAGAAACCUCUAGCAGGAACUGAUAUUGCUUCUCUUUUUGAGGACACAAGAAUAAAAGAUGAUCUUAAUAGUGUUACGAGUAAAAGCUUAUUUAGGGAGGAGUUAGUGGCAUCCCUGGUGGAAAGUUGCUUUCAGCUGUCUCUACCUUUGCCUGAGCAAAAGAACUCGGGUAUGGAGAGCAGGGUCAUUGGAGCUUUAGCAUAUGGAACUGGCUAUGGUGCACUAAAUUGGACAGAGCCUGCAUUGGAAGUGGUGGAAGUUUGUAGACCUUGUGUCAAAUGGGACUGUGAUGGCCGAACCUAUGCAAUUGAUUGCUACCUGAAGUUGCUCGUUAGGUUGUGCCAUAUCUUUGAUAAGGGAGGUGUAAAAACAGUUAAGGGUGGUGCUUCUCAGGAUCAGAUUUUAAAUGAGACAAGGUUGCAGAACUUGCAGCGUGAACUUGUGAAAGACCUACGCGAGGUGAAUACCCCUAGAGUAUGUGCCCGCAUUGUUUGGGCUAUUGCAGAACACAUAGAUCUAGAAGGAUUGGAUCCACUUCUAGCUGAUGAUCCUGAUGAUCCGCUUAACAUAAUUAUAGCAAAUAUGCAUAAAGUUUUGUUCAACAUAGAUUCAUCUGCUGAUACCACGAAUAGGCUUCAAGAUGUUCAGGCUGUUCUUUUAUGUGCUCAGCGGUUGGGUUCACGUCACCCAAGGGCAGGGCAGUUACUGACUAAAGAACUUGAAGAGUUUAGAACCAAUGGUUUGGCUGAUUCUGUCAACAAGCAUCAGUGCCGCCUAAUAUUGCAGAGACUCAAAUAUGUUGCAAGUCAUCUAGAGAGCAGGUGGGCAGGGGUUAGUGAAGCCAGAGGAGAUUACCCAUUUAGCCACCACAAACUAACUGUUCAGUUUUAUGAGGCAUCUGCUGCUCAGGAUAGAAAGUUGGAAGGAUUGGUUCACAAGGCUAUUUUAGAGCUAUGGAGGCCUGACCCUAGUGAAUUAACUCUUUUGCUGACUAAAGGAGUCGACUCUACUCUACUGAAGGUUCCUCCAACUGCAAUUACUUUGACCGGUAGCAGUGAUCCAUGCUAUGUUGAAGCAUACCAUUUAGCUGAUUCGGGUGAUGGAAGGAUCACUCUUCAUUUAAAGGUCUUAAAUUUAACAGAACUUGAACUGAAUCGGGUGGACAUUCGAGUUGGGUUAUCUGGUGCAUUAUAUUUUAUGGAUGGGUCUCCUCAAGCAAUUCGGCAACUGCGUAAUCUUGUUUCACAGGAUCCAGUACUCAGCAGUGUGACAGUGGGUGUAUCCCAUUUUGAGAGGUGUGCCCUUUGGGUUCAAGUAUUAUACUAUCCAUUCUAUGGGAGUGGUGCUGCAGGAGAUUAUGAGGGUGACUACGCAGAGGAGGAUCCACAAAUCAUGAGACAAAAGAGAAGCUUAAGACCAGAACUGGGAGAGCCUGUGAUUUUGAGAUGUCAACCUUACAAAAUUCCACUCACUGAGCUUCUUUUGCCCCAUAAAAUCUCUCCUGUUGAAUUUUUCCGUCUAUGGCCUAGUUUGCCUGCUAUAAUGGAGUACACAGGUACAUAUACAUAUGAAGGAAGUGGCUUCAAGGCUACAGCUGCACAACAGUAUGGUGCAUCGCCUUUCUUAAGUGGACUGAAAUCUCUGUCAUCUAAGCCAUUCCACAGAGUUUGUUCACAUAUUAUCCGGACGGUGGCAGGGUUUCAGCUUUGUUUUGCUGCAAAAACUUGGUAUGGGGGCUUCUUGGGCAUGAUGAUAUUUGGGGCCAGUGAAGUGAGCAGAAAUGUAGAUUUGGGAGAUGAGACAACUACCAUGAUGUGCAAAUUUGUGGUUCGAGCUUCUGAUGCAUCAAUUACAAAGGAGAUUGGAUCAGACCUACAGGGAUGGUUAGAUGACCUUACUGAUGGGGGUGUGGAAUACAUCCCUGAAGAUGAAGUGAAGGUGGCUGCUGCUGAGAGGCUUAGGAUCUCAAUUGAACGAAUUGCCUUACUAAAGGCAGCCCAACCUCGACCAAAGACUCCUAAAUCGGAUGAUGAAGAGGAGGAGAAUGAAGGGGAAGAUGAAGAGGAAGACGAGGAUAAAAAGAAGAAAAAGAAGGAAGACAAGAAAGAUGGUGAGGAAGAUGGAAAAACAAAGGGACCUUCAACCCUGUCGAAGUUAACUGCAGAGGAGGCUGAACAUCGUGCUCUUCAAGCUGCAGUACUCCAGGAGUGGCACAUUCUGUGUAAAGAGAGGAACCGGAGUUAACCUAUACGUUCACUUUUCCCUUUUAUAAGAGAUUAUGAAUAUAUCCUUUGCAUUCACAUGUAUUCUAUUUAUGGCAUAUGGAUUAGGUGGUAGUUGAAAAUCUGAUGGCGGAGUGCUGCUCUCUUCUGUUUAUUUUUUUAUUUUUUUGAGUUUUUGGUUCUUUUGCCCGCUUUUUUUACUUCCGAGGGGAAAUCCCUUGUACAUCCUGUAUCGGCUGAUUAUUGCUAUGUUGUUCACUGAGAGAAUUUACUUGCAAGGAAUGCGAUUUGUGAUUACUUUUUCUUUCA